AGCAACAGCCAACGCCAACGGAAGGAAUAAGGGCGGCGUACACAUGGACAACUUCCCGAUUCCACACCAGCAUGGAAGUACCCUCCAUGGGUCGACGGUCCGGGGGCAAACGAAAAGUGCGAAAACCAGCGGACAGUGGUGUUGAGCAGCUGCUGGCCAUCCUACCGAACGAACGCAUCAAAACCGAACGACAACCAGACCUAUCCGAACCCGAUCGCGAGCCACUUAUCGAUGGUGGUGGUGAUAGCCAAGGUUCCGAUAACGUGCCACUACACCCGCCGUGCGAUACCGCAAAACCUGCUAGCGAACAACAGUUGGUCUUGAGCAAGCAGCAGUCCGGUGGCGGCGGCAGCAGCAGCAGUCAAGAACCAUCCCUAUUACUACCACAGUGUAAGAUAAAGCGCAACUACUCGUGCGGCAGCUGCCACUACUUCACCCAGAACCCUCGCUACUAUCUCACGCAUCUACGCGAUACGCACGGUGAGAAGAUUAGUGUGUACGAGUGCAAAAGAUGUCUGUACGCGUCGCGACACUACCAAAAGCUGGCACGUCACAUGCGAAUGGUGCACGGUGUAUCGGCAGAACCGCAUAGAACCACUCCACCGGGUAAAGGUGAUAAGCAAGUGAUUGAAACAGAGUGUGCAAAGCGGCAGACUCGACAGGACGGUGAGGACCUGUGUUCCACUGGAUCGAUUGACACAAAGAUUUUGGAUGCGUAUGCGGGAAGCGUAUACGCACAGCAACUUGUUGCAUCCUUGUUGCCAUCGUUGUUCAGCAAUAUCGAGCCGUCUUUUUGGAGUUCAUCUAUAGCGGAUCUGUUCAAGCCAUCAAUCAAGUCCGAAGUGGACAGUUUCCCCGAAACGAUCGUAAAUCGAAGCCAAAAAAUGGAGAAAAACGCUCGGAAGUCCUCGGAAGAUAGUGAGACCAUCGCGAAGAAGCGACCCCGACCAAUCCCCAACCUGAUUCCGUUGGCUUCCUCUACACCAGCUCCUACCAGACAGGAAAAGGAACUACUCAAACCAGUGCCGAUGUCUAUGCUAAUGCCUCUGGCGGAUACUGCGUCGAAGGCAUCAUCCGACGCACCCACUUCCCCAGUACGCUUAUCCUCGCCCCAGACAAAGUGUACCUUUUGUGAGCUUAGCUUCGAGUCGACGAUAGAUCUAGCGAACCAUAUCGCAACUUCACACAAGGAAGAUCUUAUAACAUCGCUGCUGCAGAAAUCGAUCGAUGAUUCGAAUCAGAACAUUUUCCCACAAAGCGAAGCAUUGGAUAGUGCAUCGAACGAGAUGUGGAAAAGCUUGCUGGAAGCGAACAUAUUCAGUGGGGAUUCUACGUCAAGAUCCGGUGGCACUGAGCUGGAUGGAAAGAAUCUUUCCCAUACCACCAAAGAAGAUGACGAUGUGGAAAUACUCGAGAGCAAAUCGGAAACGUACUGUGGCGUUGAGACGGCUCCAGGGUACGGUGAGGUGACCAGCAAGCUCACAACCAGCGAUCCGAACGCAAACACAGGUGUAAUGAAGAAAGUGUUCAAAUGUCCACACUGUUCCUUCUGGGCGUCAACCGCCUCCCGCUUUCACGUCCACAUUGUAGGCCAUCUGAACAAGAAACCGUUCGAGUGUUCGCUGUGUUCGUACCGUUCAAACUGGCGCUGGGACAUAACGAAACACAUCCGGCUGAAGACGAUCCGUGAUCCGAGUCAUAAAAAUGCCGGUGUCCUGAUGAACGAUGAGACCGGACGGCGGAACUACACCAAAUACAACAAGUACAUCACACUGAUGCAAAUUACGGACAAUAGUGCGAAGGAAUCGACGAACUAUCAGAAAACGUUUGCCGACAGUAGCAUGUCGGAGCUGAUGACUGCGUGCAGUGCGUACAAUAUUGAUUUGAAGGCAUUGGCCAACAUACCCGGCUUUAAUCUGCUGCUGGAGGAUAAGCAGCUGAGUGACGAACCGGGUGAAAAUGGUCACUUGAAAUGCCAAUCCUGUGACUAUAGGACAACAACCAAGGAGGAGCUUGUGCAGCAUGUGACCAACUCUCACAGUGGAAGCAGUACGUCUCUUCAACAAUUCGAUGAUGUAAUGGACCAAGAAACUAACACCAACACAUCACAACUACAGUCGAAGAAUCACAGUACGGCGAACCAUAUUAUUACCACACCCUCCAGUACACCAACGCCACCGGCUUCGUCCUUUUGUAGCCUUAGUAAAAGCGCAGCUAACACUAGCAACGAUAGUACUACCACUAAUGGACCAUUACUACUAACUACUGCUAGCGGUGCUGGAGAUAAAACGAUCCCGCCCGAACAUGGCGGAGGUGAUAGGCCGGUCGAUGGUGACGGUAACAGCACGCAAAGGAUGGCGAUGCCCACUACCUGGCGCCAUAACGCACCGUACCGUUGUGGUCAUUGCCAUCAGGUUUCUAACUGGAAACAUGUUAUACAGAGACACUGUCGGCUGAAGCACAACGGACACGUUUUUAUUGAGCAUGUCAACUCGGAAAAGGACGACCCUUCCGAAGGUGACGGUCUGCAGCAGCUGCAGCAGCAGCAGCAGCAGCAACUGCCGCAGCAACGGAAUCAAAACAAACAGCACCAACAUUCCGUGUACGUGAUCGAGGAUGUGAUCCACACAUCCACUAUCUCCACUGAUCAUUCGGGAAAAUCGAUCGAGGCGUUGGUGACCUCAACCAUUCCUCCACCACUCGCACCGUUUAGCAUGGACGAUGGCGGGUGUCCGACAAACACGCUUGAACCGAUCGUAGAAAUUCUCGACAAAGAUCCGGCGGAUAUGAUCAACUUUAACGGUAGCAUUAUGCCUUCCACAGUGCUAGUGGACAGUGGAACUGUGGCACCAGCAGUGCCUAGCGAGCAGCUAGAAUGUAUCUCCUGUCAGUUUCGCGCGGAAUCGAUGGAACAAUUGACCGAACAUUUGGAACAGCAUAUGAGUCAGAGUGGCGGUGCCGGCAACAGCUAUGACCCAUCGGGACUGCUCGAUCCCGUACCAACCACCAUGUACUACUGUCCUCGCUGUCCAGCCCGGUUCUUCCAUGAAAACCACAUUUUAGAGCACGAGGCAAAGCAUACGGCUAGGACGCCGGGUGGCAAAUCGUGUUCGUACUGUUCGUUCACCACAGCGGACAAUGACGAGCGUGGACGGCACGAGGAGGUUCAUCUGCCUGCCUACAACAUCAACACCGACAACUUGCAGAUCUUUCUCGCGGAAAGCAAAGAGUACCCUAAGCCCCAAUUAACGCUGAAGGAAAGUAGUGGAGAGCAGUUGUUUUUUGUGGAAAUGUUGGUAGGCAACAGCAUUCAAGCGAUAAACACGGACCCAGAACCAACGGCCAACAGGAAGCGUAAGAAAUCGAAGCAACCGAUUCGGACACCCCCCAUUACGGAUGCUGACGAGGAGCCGGUAAGGUCCAUCUUUUUGUGCGAGUACUGCGACCAAACGUUCGAUGUGGAGACCGAGCUGAACACACACGUGAGGACACACUUUUCAUCCAUUCUGUCCCCGCAAGGUGUAGCGUACUAUACCUCGCUCAGCAACACACUAGACAAGGAGAAGAAACUGGAGCUGAUCGUAUCCGGGACGCAGUCGGCAAUGGCACUGCACUACGUGUACGAUAACGCGCGGAAGAAGGAUUGGAACGUGUAUUCCAAGACAGAGAGCGUUUUGUUGAAGUUUUGAGUACGAUCCUGAGCAGUGUUGUGUAGAUUUUGUUGUUUUUGUUUAUCUCGUUAGGUUAGAGCUAAAGGUUUAAGCUUGUUCCAAGAACUAUUUUUGUUCCAUUGCCAUUGCGACCAAUU